CUUUCCCGUCCGCCACCCUCGUCUCUGUACCAUACCAGCUGAUAGUGGGAGUGAAACAUAUUUGAUUUUGAUUUUGAUUUGGCAAAGAAUCGUCCUUCUGCCUUGCGUUUGGGUUUCCCAAUGACCGCAAACAGGAUAUAAGAGAGAUCGAGACUAAUUCAAAAAUUUGAUUCCAAAUAAACAGAAAAGAUGGAUAGGCAGUCCCCAUAUGCUGAUUCCCGUAUCAAUCCAUACACUGCUGCUCAGAUGCAGAAACUGGCUGGAGAGAGAAUGCAACAGAAGGCUGCACUGAAUAAUUUGCCCGGGCGAUCAAAUUCUUUUCCUGCUGAGCAAGGGGAUCCAUACGUUACUGCUCGGACAGGAGGGCAGUGGCAGUGGGACAGAGAUGUACCAAACGUAUCAAAUCCGAUGUCAUCUCAACCAUACACAGCAGGCAAAGGUGGGGAGGAAAAUUUUCAAACUCCAUUGUUGAAGGACAAGUUGAAAUCUUCUGAACCUAGUUCCAGCUUUAGAAGCCUAAUGUUUUGGACAAGUGUUUCCUUAAAAGCUAGCAUGGUUUCCUACAGAACUUCCAUUAAGUAUGAGUGA